GCAUUCAAUUUAUUCAGUGCCAUCCUUACAGAAAUGGCAGCAGAACCAAAUAAUUCAGAAGCUGAAAGCACCACCACGAGCAACUCAUCUCUAUGUUCAGUAGCCUCUUCACCAUGUUUAUCUGGGUUGUUGCAGACUACUACUCAUCUCAACUCACCCUCCAACACUACCAAGACUCCCAAAACAAGUGAGAAAGGUGACUCAAACUCACAGAAGCAGAAAACGUCGCUUAAAAGAGGAAGAGAGUCUACAGAUGAUGACACCAGCAACAAACACCCGGUUUACAGAGGAGUUCGAAUGCGCAGUUGGGGCAAAUGGGUGUCGGAAAUUCGAGAGCCUCGUAAGAAGUCGCGUAUCUGGCUAGGCACAUUUUCGACACCGGAAAUGGCAGCGCGUGCCCACGACGUGGCCGCGCUAAGCAUUAAGGGCGACUCGGCCAUUCUGAACUUCCCUGAAUUAGCCGAGUUGUUGCCCCAUCCGGAAUCACGCCAACCUCCGGACAUUCAAGCUGCCGCGGCCAAAGCAGCAGCCAUGGUUCAUCUAGAUUCCACCACGUCUACUACAACAUCGUCAUCUACAUCCUUAUCUUCUUCGUCAUCAGAGGGUUUGGAAUCCGAAGAGGAGUUAGGCGAGAUUGUGGAGCUACCCAACAUAGAAGACAGCUUCAAGUCAGGCGAGUCAAGAAGCGAGUUCAUACUGGUGAAUGAUUCGGUGGACAUUGGUUGGCUAUAUGAUCAUACAUCAUUAAUGGGGCUCGAUCACUUUGGAGAAGAUCUAGUGUCUUGGGAUAUGAUCAAUCAAAUGAUUACUUGAAAUCUU